AGUUUAUAAGCUAUGGGAGGGAGAGAAUUUUAGUAUUAAUUUUGUCCUGCAAAGCAAAGAUGACAAGAACUCUUGCUCCUUUUUAUUUUUUUAUUAUAUUUAUAUCCAGUGACCUUGGUUAUUGCACUGAACUGAACAGUGGAAGUGGUUCUGGUUCUUCAGGUGUAGACCCAACUACUCCUUCUCCUCCUUAUCCCCCUCCUGUGUAUCAGGACCCACCAAUUACUUAUGGUAACCUGACAUGUGAUUGGUAUGAUGUUGGUGAUCCAGUAUGUCAGCAAGUAUUUAGUUAUCCUGUCAUUAACAAUCACUCCAGAGGUGACUUUGUUACGAUAUACAGUGACCUCCUGUCCAUAUUUGGUGCACUCGGGAAUACAGGUGCUGCUUCUAUUUGCAGUCUUAACGCGGCCCCACUGUUGUGUCAUUUCACCUUUCCCUACUGUGACCCAGCCUACUCACUAUUAGUACCAGUCUAUCAGCCAUUGUGUAGGAGGGACUGUGAGCUAAUGAGGGAUUUCAUGUGUAAAGAGGAAUGGGAAGCUACCAAGAGACUGGAGGGAAUAUUGAGAUUUGGUUUAGUCGAUCGGUUCAAUUGUGAGGUACUGGAGCCGAGCAAUGGAGGGGAGCCACCGAUGUGUAUCAGUACACUGGACAGUGGUAUAUACCCAUACUUCAACGUCCCCCCACCAUUAGCCACUGGCCCAGUGUGUUACAGUGGCAAUGGACGAGGGUACACUGGUAAUGUAUCAGUGACAGUAUCAGGACACACCUGUCAGACCUGGGGCCUACCACCUAAAUAUAUUUGGGGUGGAUCAUAUCCUCAUCCUAACUAUGUGUCACCAUUCCAAUAUCCUGAACUAUUUUUACAAUACUAUGGAGGUCCUGCUCAUAAUUACUGUCGUAACCCUGGUGAGAAGGGAGAUCGCCCGUGGUGUUUUACAACAAACAGAACUGUCCGUUGGGAAUAUUGCGAUAUACCGAAAUGUGCUCCUGGCCCCACCUGUCAGAGGUACUCUGGUUCAUUAUGCAGGACUAAUGGUUCCAUUGGAAUGGACUAUAUAUACAUUGACACUAGUAACCUGCACUACUUGUUACUGUACUAA